AGUCACCAGACGAAUAUCGUUCUCCAAGGUCGCUCCAAUAUAAAGUGUUUGUUAGCAUCGUAAAAACAGUUUCAGUCGCUGCGGUGCACGAACGUCUACUUAUAAAAGAUGGCGCAGGUCGAAAUAGAAGAAGGAUUGUUAGAAGGUGAAAUAGUGGACAACGAUUACGGAGGACAAUUCUACAGUUUCAAGGGUAUUCCGUAUGCCGAGCCCCCCGUCGGCGAUUUGAGAUUCAAGGCACCACAACCAAAACAACCAUGGAGUGGAGUACGGCAGGCAAAAGAAUGUGGUCCAAUCAGCUGCCAGAAAUCCAUGACUCCACCAACUGAAGACAAUCCAAAUUUGGUGGUUGGUAGCGAAGACUGCUUGUACAUCAACGUAUAUAGCCCCGAAAUCACUCCAGGCAGCCCUCUGCCUGUCAUGGUUUGGAUUCAUGGAGGAGCUUUCGAAACUGGUUGUGGCAAUGAUUGGUACUAUGCACCUGAGCUGCUUAUCAGACACGGAGUUAUAAUAGUCACCUUAAACUACAGACUAGGAUUACUCGGAUUCCUAUGCUUAGACACAGAGGAUAUACCUGGUAACGCAGGUCUAAAGGAUCAAGUACUAGCACUCAAAUGGGUGAAAAAGAAUAUCGGGAGCUUCGGUGGCGAUCCUGAGAAUAUUACAAUAUUCGGAGAAAGUGCUGGUGGCUGCAGUGUAGCAUUCCACUUAAUAUCACCCAUGACUAAAGGCCUUUUCAAAAGAGCUAUAGCUCAGAGUGCAUCAUGCGCCAAUUAUUGGUCUGUUGCUUUAGAACCACGCGAGAAAGCGUUAAAGCUAGCGCGACAGUUGGGAUGCUAUUCAGAAGACGAUAAAGAACUCUACGAAUUCUUCAAAACGUUACCAGUAGAUAAAUUAGUUCCGGUCAAACUACCAAUCUAUCUAGCUAAGAAAGGCUACGAAUUAGACAUCGGCGCUGUAAGCGAAAAACAAUUUGGUGAUAAUGAGAGAUUUUUUUACGGUGAUGUGUAUGACGUCCUGCGAAAUGGAAUACAUGAGGGAAUCGAUGUAAUAACCGGAUACACUGAGGACGAAGGACUUUUAGCAUUCCACAAUGUGAAACUUGACAAAAUGUGUGAACUUUCAAACGAAUAUCCAGAAUUUUUCGUUCCAAGGAAUAUAGCGUACAACCUUUCCUUAAGAGAGCAAUUCGAAAUUGGGAGACAAAUCAAGAAUUUUUAUUUUAGUAAUGGUCUAAACGCUAAUGAUAACUACGUUGGUCUUUUGAGGUAUUUGAAUAUGGAAAUGUUUGUUUAUGGAAUAGUUACGGGAGCAAAAUUUUUUUCUAGUAACAAUAAAAACAAAGUCUAUUUCUAUAAGUUUACAUGCAAGAGCGAGCGAAACAUAGCAACUCAUAUAUUUGGCACAACAGAAAUAAUCAAAGAUAGAAUACCUGUUUGUCACGGAGAUGACUUGAUGUACCUGUUUCAAGGGAAAUUACUUUUCCCAGAUAAAAUUGAUAUGAACUGCGACACGUUCAAAAUGAUAGACAAUGUCACCAAAAUGUGGACAAAUUUUGCUAAGUUCGGAAAUCCAACUAUUGAUGAAAGUUUGGGCGUGGAAUGGCCAACUUUCGACCCUGAGGAGCAAAAGUACUUGGAAAUCGGCAAUCAACUUAUGCUGGGUUCUGGACCGGAAAAAGAGGAUGUCGACUUCUGGGACAGCAUCUUCAAGAAGUAUUUGCCUGCUCAUAUCGCUAAUUAAAUGUUUAACUUUAAAUUACUAAUAUUGUUGCUUGUUGUAAAACGACAUACAUAAAUGUUAAACUUAAAAUUGUUGUACAGACAAUAAUAAUU